AUGGACGACAAUGGGUUCCCUCGGGUCAGCUCGCGCGGGGUCCGAGCACACGACAACGACAACCCCUCCGUGCCGAGCUUCCUCUUUUCCGAAGCGAUACCGAUAGCGACCUACAACGACUAUGAGGAUAUGAUGAAUGAUUUGGCCGGACUGGACGACUGGCUGGAAGAACGGUACAACGAGAGUUUUGACUUCUCUGGCCCAUGGAUCAUGGACGACUUUGUCACUGUCCAGCUGCGGAAGGUUCGAAGUGACACGUACUCGCCAGCAGGCCGUGAUUCCAACCUCCCACUGUCUCCGUCCUCGGACGCUCCCGAAGUCCUCAAAUCCAUGCAACACUGGCUGGAAGACUGCGUCAAGAACCACCCCGAGUGCAACCGUUAUUCCUCCACGCAAAAGGACCCCACUGCCACAUGGCUGCCUACGCGGCUCAUCGACGUGGGAGAAGUACCCGGCAAACUAGCUCCUCGGUUGGUGAUCUCGGCUGCGGAAGGCCUUGCCCAAAAGAAGGCACACUACCUCACGCUCAGCCAUUCCUGGUCCAUCUCCACGAAAGCUCACAACUUGAAGCUGGAGACAGAUAACAUGGCCCAGUUGCAAGAUAGCAUACCCCUUGAUGACAGCCUGUCCAAGACGUUUCGGGAUGCCAUGAGAUAA